AUGGCUGAUAAAACUUGGACUGUGGUUCAAUUUGAAGACAAUUCAGUUGAAGCUGUCCCAACAAAUUGGAUACAAGGUGAUAAUUGUCACUGGCCAUCAAUGGCUCACCAAAAAUUGAUAUCAUCUAUCCGAAAAAGCGAGCCCUUAAACACAUGCUGGUUAACACACAAAGUACAGGUCUUCCGAAAUGCCACAUAUGAAAAAGCUGAAUACCAUAAAAAAUCAUCAGAAAAAGCAAAUGAAAACCAGAACGAUGAGCAAAAUGAUACAAGAGAAGAUGAAGAUGAACAAAAUAAUAUAAGAGAAGAUGAGCCGCAAAGGCAUUUAAAUUUCUUGAUGGAAAAACAGCAAGCUACACCGGAAAAAUCUAAUAUAAAAUCAUCAUCCUCUUCCAUUCAAUUAAAUCAACCAUCUACCUCAGAAGCUUUGGUACUAUCACCAUUCAAGCGACAUUUGUUCUGGCCGGGUCCUAAACAAACAAAACAGUCAAAACGAGCUAAGACAGAAAAAAUACCUUCAGUUAUUACAGCAAAAAAGGGCAAGAGUAUCAUGAAAGGAAACAGAUAA